AGGGCGCGCAUGACGUAACGCACACUUCCAAUCAGUCGCUCGCUUCCAUGUUUUUGUGGGUGGAGAAAAGAUAAAAAAUAUGUGAAAAUGGCCACUGUACGGACUGACUCCGAGCAGCCAUUAGACAAUGAACUCGUUAACGGUAUAUUCCCAGGAGAUAAAGUAGAACAACAACCUGCUUCUGAUGCAGCUGUUGAUCGUAACGUGGAGGUUUGUGCACAAGGCAGCAGCGUGAAAGAAACUACAGACACCGAUGUUCCGUCUUCGCCAGCAAAUGAAAAUUCACCUCCACAUGGCGCUGCUCUUUCACCACGCAACAAAGAUGCGUCUGAAAUGCCAUGUAAUUCGACAGCUAAGGUGGACGAGCAGAAGAUAAAUGAGGACUUUCAAAGUAAUAACGGUGAACUCGUUUCGACUGAGUCUGGAGUGGGUCGCGAGGACACGUCGGGUAAUCUGCACAAUGAAAACAGAGGGCAAGAAACCAACAAGGAAAUACAGGAAAAUACUCCAGAAAACUCCAGCUCAAAGAAUACCAUCAAAGAGACUAAAAACAUACAUGAAGGAUCAGAGUCUCAUUGCGAUGGACCGCAAGAGGAGAGAGAUGAGACGGUUGAUCCAGACAGCAUGGCGAAGGAUAAGCACAAAACAGAAGAAGGAGAGGAUGUCUCUCAAAAUGCUGGAACUACUAUCAAGCAAAAGAAAAGCCGCCUCGUAUGUAAGGAAUGUGGUAAAAAAUUCACCCGUCGGGAAACAUACAACCUGCACCGACACUUUCACAUGCACCAGGAUGAGGAGGCCUCCCUCGCUUGUAAGGAAUGUGGCGUCACCUUUCAGCAUCGCAGCGACCUCAUCAAACACCGCAGUACACAUAAAGAAGACACCAAACCUAAAUUUGUAUCAAAAGUCCGUAAGAGAAGGAGGUCAAGUCACAAAAUAUACGAAAGAAACUUUAUGUGUGAGCAUUGCGGCAUGUGUUUCUCAACAAUGGUAAGGUUACGUCUUCAUGCUUGUAAACACAAUGUGGAGAAGCCUUUUCGAUGCCCACUGUGCCGCAAAGAGUUCCAGUACAGGAUGUCCAUAAAUGCCCACAUGCAGAGUCACUCACUGGACAGUCCGUAUCGAUGCCUAGAGUGCAACAAAGGCUUUCAAAGUGUGGAAUCCAUGCAUAUCCACCAACGAUCCCAUCCGGCUCUCAAACCAUAUGAGUGUCCAGAUUGUAACAUGGUCUUCAGGCAUCGCUCUGUCAUGGAGGACCAUCGACGCAGACACGUGGAAGAAAAACCACACCAGUGCAAAACAUGUCAGAAGAACUUUAAAUACAGCAGCCUUUUGCAACAGCACAAAUAUCUUCACACCGGCCGAAAACCGUACCACUGCGCAUACUGUGGUAAAAGAUUUGCUUUUGCACAAAACAAGCGCGCCCACUGUCGCCAGCACAAGAAGAUCUCUGACACGGCUAAUUCGGAGUCAUGCAUUACAAACCAUAAAGUAUCAUAUGGCGGCGAUGGGGGUAAAGAGAACACAAACCAUAAUGUCGAGCAGCAGCGCAAUUGUCCUCUGUGCCCUCAGACAUUUUAUAAAGCGGCCGAUUUAAGAGCGCACAUGUUAAUCCACGAAGCUGAGUAUGAAAGAAUGAGUAACGGCAAGAACUUUGAUAUGAUGUAUGCAUGUCGGUUUUGUCCUCUCAGAUUCCCAACAGAAUAUACGCUGCAGUCCCACAUGGAAACGCACCAGACCAACGUUUUGGGCGUAAACACAUCACACAUCACGAAUCUUGCUAAUGCGGUCCCUGAGAAGCGAGACCCUGUGAAUACAGAUAACGCAGAUAGUCCAUCAGAGAGAGCAUUGGGGGACCAGACAGAGAAGAAACCUUUCAGGUGUAAAGACUGUGGCAAAUGCUUUCGCUAUCGAUCAGUGUUAGAGCUCCACAUGCGCGUACACAACAAGGGUUACCAAUGUCCGGUGUGUAAAAAGUCUUUUAGAUUCAGUAGCUAUUUGCAACAGCAUUCGAUUAUUCACACUGGGAAGAAGCCAUACAAAUGUCCGGACUGCGGUAAGGAUUUUGCAUUCCAUCAUAACAUGAGAACACACCAGAGGCUGCAUCAACAAAAGCCGUUCCGCUGCACGCAGUGCCGUAAGGGGUACAGUGAAGAGAGUCAGCUUCAGCGCCACAUGCUUUCUCAUACCGGUGAAAAACCUUACAAAUGCCAUCUUUGUGUCAAGAGCUUCUCUUUAGCUUAUUUGCUACGUGAUCACAUCAAUACUCAUACAGGAGAGAGACCCCAUCGUUGCCAGGAGUGCCACAAGUCCUUCCCUUGGCUAAGCAGUCUGCUUGUACAUCAAAAGAUACACACGCGUAAGCGGCAAGGUCAGGGUCACGGUUAUCCUUUGUCUAUACAUUCUUCGAGAGGCAGAGUAAAAGAAUUUGUGAGUACUGGCAGAAGAGGUAGGCCAAGGUUAGUUAGAGACUACGGAAGGACUGUGUCUCUACGACAAGGUGCGCUGUCUGGUCAGAUUGUGCAGGGGAGAAUGUUGCCGAAUGUGGUUCCACAACAGUUUGAUGCGGACGGACGUGAGCGCAUGCAGCUAGGAUCGCAGCACUUACAGACGGAUAAUCGUUCCCAGACAGUUCAGAUGCAGCAAGAAUGGCCGUUACAAAUUCCUCUGCCGGAAGAGCUGCUUCAUUCUCAGAAGAGUUUAUUAGAAGCCGAGCCGACUAAUGUUGAGAUGCAGUGGCGGGGAAGUCAAAUUAAAAUGUCUGGCAAUGAUCCUUCUCCCUGGGUGAAUGCACCAAACUCCAGUCAACAGAAGACCUCUUCAGAUUCACAAAGACCUUCUUCACUGAGCGUAAAAACCAAGUCACCAAGAUCCAGUCAAAGUCCAUCAAACCAGCUGCUUAAUAUUCAAGACCCACAGCAGUCACAGUGGUCAGCUACCUGCGAUUCAGUUCAAGCAUCUAAGCCAGAGCAGUUCAAUAACUCGACGCAAGAUGGCAAGGGAACCAUUGACUUGGAUCCACCAACCUCCAAUGAAUCUGAACCUACUCAAGUGAGAAAGGAGGAUUUGCAGAACCAGAAGUCUCCUGCUAAAGCAGAAAUGGGUCAGACUGGAGGUAUCAUGCUAUCCACUGGUGCUUCCACUUUGCAGAACACAAAUCCCUGGGGACCAAAAGCAUCUUUUGAAAUGUCUACAACACCUCCCACUUGGAUUAGUGCAGGUCCUUCAAACCAGAUGGGACCGAUAAACUUGCCAUAUACAACAGCUCACUUUCCUCUUGGAGACGGACCUCCUAUGUGGGGAUUUCAAACCGGUCCGGUUGUUUCCCAAGCGCUCCUAAACGGACCAGUUCAACAAGGCCACAUGUGUCCGCCACAGCACAUAGCCCUCAUUUCCGGCCAGCAGAUUCCUUUAAACCAGCCCUCAUCUUUUAUCUCCUCUCCGUUUCCUCCACCAGCCCUUAAUAUAUCAGCUCCUCUUCCAAUGCUGUCUGUUGGAAGUCAACUUCCAGGUCCGAUACCACAAGGCAUCUUCUUUUCCUCACAGGGAACCAUAAAUGAGAUGCCACUCAUGCCACAAGUGGCACAUUUACAUCAGUUAGCCCAGCAAACCGAGCCACACAAAAUUGGCAAUAAAAUGCCAUUUCCUCCAGAUCACCUGUUACAGUGCAUGAUCUGUGGUUGUUCUUUGCCCGGAGACCUAGAAUUACAAAUGCAUUAUAUGCAACAUACACAGCGAGAUGUCUGAAUUUUAUGAACACAGAAAAAAUCACAUCCACAUUAUACACACAAUAAUAGCUCCGUUUAAUAGAUCAGUUGCUGUUUUAUUGUACAUGCCAUUAAGCUGAUGGAAUGUGUGUGUUGAAGAUGUAAAAAAAGUUGUUUUUAAUCUAUUCAUUAAAUUUUCCAGUAGAUCAUAUCUUUGUUUCACAUGCUUUAUUUUCUACAAACCAAACAUUGGUGUGAUCAUUGUUACCAUUUGAUACAAUUUAUGAUUUUUAAAAAUUGUGUUAAUGUAACACAAUAUUAUAUUUGUUUACCCUAAAAUAAACACUGAAACUCAUAGGGGCGGUUUCCCGGACGGGGCUUAAGACCAGUCCCAGACUAAUUUAAAUGUUGAAGGUGUCUUGAUCGUAAACAACUUGCACUGAUGUAUCUUAAAAUAUAUCAGUGUGACUGUUUUGUCUCGAGAUGCACGCCAGUAAUGUUUUUUUGUAAAGUUUGUUUUAAAAAGGACUUAAAUGUCCUAAUUUAACUAAGACCUAGUCCUGGUUGAAGAUAAUCCCUGUCUGAGAAACCGCCCCAUAGUCAGUUUUUUCUCUGAAGUUGCUGACAUCAAGAAAUAAUACAGAAAUUAUAGAAAGUAUUUUACAAGAUAGCUGGUAUUUCUGAUCUAUUAAACAUGUUAAUAUUUGUCAGUUUUGUAAAUUAUAAAGGUGAAUUAUGGAGCACAAUGCAGAACAUAGUAAAAAUGUGC